AUGGCUAACGCGUCCAAGUUCUUGAUGGCGGCGGGGGCAGCGGUAGGGCGGUCGGGAGCCGUUCCGGCGCUUCUCUCGCGCGUCUUCCACGCUGCUGUCGCCAGCAGAUCGCUCGCACCCAUCGCGAUCGCCACUGCGAACAUCGCCACUUCCGCUUCCGUCUCUGCGCCUACCUCAGGCCCUACUGGCUGCAUCUCCACCACUACCGAGCCCUUCCAGACGAUGCCCUACCCGUCGUGGGAAUCGUCGCACUCGUCGCACUCGUCGCAUGGAAGUCGCAGGACGCAGUCCGGCGACGGAUCGAGCGACAGCGGAUUGGAGCACCGCGCGUUGCUCGUCGACGCUGCGGGAACCCUUGUAGAACCUAGCGAGCCAGUCACUAAGGUGUACGCGAGUCUGGGGCGCAAAUACGGAGUGAAAUACUCGGAGGAUGAGAUUCUGCAGCGGUACCGCCACGCGUAUAUCCAGCCAUGGCGCAAGUCGAUCCUGAGAUACGAGGACGACGCGCGGCCGUUCUGGCAAUACGUGGUUUCGGAGUCUACAGGCUGCAACCACCCGGAUUACCUGGAGGAGCUGUACCAGUACUACACGACGAAGGAGGCAUGGCGCCUCACAGACCCGCAUGCCAAGGAGGCGUUCACCGCCAUUCGCGACGCGGGGGUGAAGAUAGCCGUUGUGUCCAACUUUGACACGCGCCUGCGCACCGUGCUCAAGGAGCUAGACUGCCACGACUGGUUCGACGCCAUUGCAGUGUCCGCCGAGAUUCAAGCGGAGAAGCCCAACCCAGUGAUAUUCCACUCAGCCUGUGACCUAGUGGGUGUAGAUCCACACCAUGCGGUGCAUGUGGGCGAUGACAGGAGGAAUGACCUCUGGGGAGCGAGGGAUGCAGGUUGCUCCGCAUGGCUAUGGCAGGACGACGUGCAUUCCUUUCACGAUGUGGCCCGCAAGCUCGGAGUGCUUUUCCCUGGAGAGGAGGAGAGCCCCGAAGCGAAUAAAAGGAGGAUACCAAGGCCGCCUCGAUGGGCUGAUAGGCCCAUGAUUGCAGCAAAUGGCCUCCAGUUUAUGCGCCACUAA